AACGGGCUAUCUCACGGGGGAGAGCUCCUGGACAGAUAUAAAUGAAACCAUCUGAUGUGUGCCGUAGCCAAUCGUGCUGUGGUAAAGUGGAAGUUAUAGAGCGGGGCUGGGAUUGAGUUACACACAUGGGGAGGGGGGGAUAAAAGUUGAUGCUGCUGCCUGAUGGUAUACAGAGAGAGAGAGUGUGUGGCGUGCAGUGCAGUGGGGAUCAGAUCACACCAGAGGCUGUGCAGGUUGGGGAAGUUGCUUGCAAAAUGUCCCUGGACAGCACUGUGUGGCCAAACCAAGCCGCAAGGUGUGGCAUCACAGCCAGGAGGAAACAAAGGGUAGCCUGAAGCCGUCUGGCUGUUUGUUACUGACUGCAGUCAACGUGCACCGAGACUGAAUUGCAUGAAGACAUCCCAUGCAAGUGUCCGCACAAGGAACUCAAACCCGAGGCGCAGAUCAGCUGUAGAGACAGUAAACUAUGGUACAAAGGCAACUCCUUAUCUGGAAACCUUGGACGUGACUCCUGCCACAAUUUGCGCAUUGUGAAAGCUGCUCAACUCUACACUGCUGCUGCACAAGGCAAGCUAUGGGGAACGACAGCCAGAACCCAACGUGUCUCAUCAACGAUUCAUUCAAGUACACCCUGUAUGGCUCCGUGUACAGCAUUGUAUUUAUUCUUGGGUUGCUGACAAACUGCACCUCACUGUACUUCUUCAGCUGCAAAAUGAAGAUGCGCAAUGAGACCACGAUUUUUAUGACCAAUCUUGCUGUCUCGGACCUCCUUUUUGUCUUUACACUGCCCUUUAAAAUCUUUUACAACAUCAACCGCCACUGGCCCUUUGGUGACGGGCUGUGCAAGGUCUCUGGGACAGCGUUCCUCACGAACAUAUACGGGAGCAUGCUGUUUCUCACCUGCAUCAGUGCCGACCGAUUCCUGGCCAUAGUUUACCCCUUCAGGUCCAGGACCAUCAGGACAAGGAGAAACACCAGCAUCAUCUGUGCUGGAGUGUGGCUUCUGGUGCUCAGUGGGGGAAUCUCUGCAUCUCUAUUCUCCACCACUAACAACCGGGGCAAUAACUCCAGUACCACCUGCUUUGAAGGUUUCUCCAAGGCCACAUGGAAAACCUACCUGUCCAAGAUCACCAUAUUCAUUGAAAUAGUUGGAUUUCUUAUUCCCUUGCUGUUGAAUCUGACCUGCUCCUCAUUGGUUCUGAGGACUCUGAGGAAGCCAGAGACAUUGUCUCCAAUCGGAGCCAACAAAGAAAGGGUACUGAAGAUGAUCAUUGUGCACUUGUCCAUUUUCAUAAUAUGCUUUGUGCCCUACAACUCCAUCCUGUUUAUCUAUGCUCUUGUGCGCUCACAGGCAAUCGCAAACUGCUCCUUGGAGAGAUUUGCCAAAACCAUGUAUCCCAUCACUUUGUGCCUGGCUACCACAAACUGCUGUCUUGAUCCCUUCGUUUAUUACUUUACAUCGGAAUAUUUUCAGAAGUAUUUCAACAUAAGGCCCUGCACCAAGCUCGAUUCCAUUUUCAAAAGUGAAACACCACUAACAAUCAAGGGAGAGGCACUGACUGAGACUGUAAAUAAGAAUGGAGCCAAUAUUCAUUUAGAAUCUCAGUUUUAAGCUCAUUACUUGGAUGACUGACGAUUGCGUUCAGGACUCUAUGACGACAUUUUGUCUGUAACAAAUGUUCUGUGUGAUAACGCUGCAGGAUUUCAGAAGGAAAGGGUGGAAUUUUCCCCUCCCCGUUGCAGCAAGAGUGAUGGCGAGUCAAGUGACAAAAUAGGGCAGGAGUGAAAAAGUCAGAUUCUUGGAGAAGAGAGGAAUGUUUCUGAUUUCCCUCUCGACUGGUGACUUCAGAAUCUCACCCUUGAGUGGUGACUGUUAUAUUUCCACACGUUAGUAUCUUGUUAAAAGAACCAAAUUGCCCUAGUUACAUCCCACUUCCAAUUCUCCUCUCCUCCACUGAGAAAUUAGAUGGUGCAAAUUCCUGACAGGUUAAACAGAUUGGGCACCUACUGGCUGCAGCUCACCUCAUGCAUGUUCAGGCCAUUAUUUAAUUGUAUCUUCACAAUAACAUUCCCGCAUGAUCCACAUCCACUAUCUUCUUUGAUCCUUCAUCCACACCAAUCCAUGCCAACAAACCACAUCUUGCCUGCUCUCAGACCAACUCUGUUCUUUAUCUCAUCACUCCUUCAAUGCCACUUUGAGUGAACAGAUGUUGUGAAGUAUUGCAUUCUGGUAAAACAAACAAGGGUAUGACCUCUACAAUAAAUGAUCAGGCCCUGAGUAGUUUUGCAGAUCAGAGAGACCUAUGGGUACAUAAUUCUUUGACAUUUAUGUCUCAGGUAGACAGAAUGAUUAAGAUGUUUAGCACACUUACCUUCAUUGCUCAGAGUUGGAAAGUCAUGUUGAGGUUGUACAGGAUAUUGGCGAGGCCUUUUCUGGAGAACUGGAUGUAAUUUUGGUCACCCGGAUAGAUAGUAUGAAAAAUACUAUUAAACUGGAGAGGCUUCAGAGAAGAUUUAACCAGCAUGUUUCCAGGAAUGGAGAGUUUCAGUUAUAAAAAUAGGUUGGAAUGUUUUUCUUUGGAGUUUGAGGGGUGACCUUUAUAGAGGUUUAUAAAAUCAUGACGGGUAUAGAUAAGGUGGGUCUUUUCCUUAAGUUGGGGGAGUUUAAAACGAAUGGGCAUAUUUUUAAGGUGAGAGGAGAAAGGUUUAAAAAGGACACGAGGGGCAACAUUUUUCACACAGUGACU